GCGUGGGGGAUGGUGAUGGGUUGCCAGGCCCCCUGGGGAGCUAUCGCUGCUGUUUGGCCCCUCAUUGGGCGACGGUUACCCACCUGGGCGAUGGUGGGUUCCAGGCCGAUGUGCGGACCCCCAGCCCGGGACGUGCUGCUGUUCUGUCACGAGAGGGGGCGCUUCUUCCGCCUGCUGGGUGUCUUCUGCCUGGCCCAGUUCCUGUUCUGGGGCUACCUGGCACACUUUGCCUUCACCUCCCUCAAAGACACGGGCCACCGGGAGACGGUGCUGGAGGGGGAGCGAGCGAGCGGCCUGCCCACCAUCGGGGGGCGAGCCCUGAACCUGGGCUCAGACGCCUGGAGACUCGGCUUCACAGCUUCCUGCCUGACUGUCGGCUCCCUGAUCCUGGUCGCUGGCUACCUGUUUGCCUGCCGCUCAGUCUCCCACGUGGUGCUCCAUCGAGGCGGUCAGCAGGUCACCAUCACCAGCUGCUUGCCUUUCGGAGGCAGCAGCUCCUUCACGGUGCCCCUGUGCCGGGUGUCGUGCAUGGCCCACCGCACUCAGGUGCCCUCUGUGGUCCCCCUCAGGAUCCAGGGUCACCGCUUCUACUACCUCCUGGACAAGCAGGGUCAGUUCUACAACGCUAAGCUCUUUGACACCACCGUCGGCGCGUACAGGAAGCUGUGACCCCUCCCUGAGGGAGAACCUGACGAGGCCUGGCCACCCACUCCUGCAGGUUUUCGACAACUGUAUCUCUGGGGCCGCUGCGUUAACUGAAAGACUUACAUACUUUGUUGUGCACGGGCGUGGGGGUGAAUCGAGGAACUGUCGACCUCAAUCAGCGCUGAUCAGGGAAUCAUUUACAGAGAACUCCACAUUCCUCAUUUAAGUGCGUUUUUUUUCUUCUCUGACUUUGGUCGUGCCUUAAUGCAUUUCAGGAAAGAUCGCAAGCAGUCGUCUCUCUCUUGUCGUGCUAAUGCAACUCUCCAACUGCAGGAAGUGUAAUACCCCAUUGUUUCAGGCUAAGAAUGGCAAAUUUGAUAUAUCCAGGAAUAAAAUUAUACAGAAGGAAAAACAA